GGAGUGAACGUGACAGAUCAAACACUACGAGGGGGUGAAAAUAAUUUUAAACGACCCUUUCAGCAAUAUUUCUCUCUUUGGUGUCAUCGCUUUUUUAGUAUCGUAUGUCUUUUAUACCAUUUUGUAAAAUAAAAGAUCAAUAAAGUAAUGUUGUUCUCGGCGCAUGUGCGCAUUGUUACAAUAAUCGCAGCUAAGGAUUCAAUGAGGUUAUAAUCAAAAAGGGUGCCAGAUAUAUAAUAGUAGUAUACAUAGUUAGAUCAAAAUUCAAUUUUCCGUUUUGUCAUCUCUAAUUCGAUUAAAAGUGAAAUUUAAUAAUAAAAGAAGAAAAAAAUGUUCGAAGGAGCCGUAGCCGCGAUUCUUAAUCGAUUUCUUGGCAAGUAUGUCGAAGACUUGGACACAGAGGAUUUUAAUGUUGGUAUUUUCUCUGGCGAUACAUACCUGUCAGAUCUAAGACUGAAACCAGAAGCUCUGUAUCAACUUGGCCUACCAAUUAGAGUUGAACUUGGAUUAAUUGGAAAAAUAUCAUUAAAAAUACCAUGGGCCGGAUUAUUUUCGCAACCAAUUAUCCUCUGUGUCGAGGAUGUAUAUAUAGUGGCAGUUUCCGAAGUCUUCGGAAACUACGAUUCCGAAGUACACAAGCGAUUGAUAAGAGCGACAAAGAAAAAGAUAUUGGAAGAUCUCGAGAGGGAAGCAUUUUUAGGUCCAGGUUUUCCUUCUGGGAUAUUUGAUAAUUUUUUAUCGUCACUUGUAAAAAAUUUUCAAAUCACUGUGAAUAAUGUGCACGUGAGAUAUGAGGAGAGAUUCGCCAAUAAAGUGCAAAGUGCUUGCGGAAUUUGUAUGCAAAGUCUUACAAUGGCCACAACAAAUAAUAAAUGGAAACCUGGCGUCACUCCAACGAAUUCAACAACAAUUUAUCAAUUAAUAAGAGUCGAAUCAUUUUGCAUCUACAUGGAUCCUCAGUCUGAAUCCGCAUUAAGAAGUAACCCCGCAUUUUGGGACUUUGAAUCAAUUGUCGAUUGGAAAGAUACAAUGCGACGAUCACUUCAAAAGUUUGGUUUAAACGAUCAGGAAUUUCAAUUUUUGGUAAAACCAUUAACAACAAAGAUAAAGAUAAUCAUCAGUAAAGCAACGGAAACGAGGGAUUCUCGAAUGUUAGUUGACAUUGUUUUGCAAGACGUUGCAAUGCAAAUUUCCAAAGAUCAAUACGUCACGUUCCUAAGACUUUACGAUUCACUGCAUCGAGCAACAAUAAGUAGGCAUCACAAAAAGUAUCAUUCGAAUUGCACGAUAAAGGGAAACGCGAAAGCCUGGUGGAAAUAUACGCAUUGUAUUGUUCUGGAGCAAAAUGUACGACCGUACACUUGGAGGAGAAUUCAAGCCCAUAGAGCGAAUUACAAACGUUAUAAGGAAGUUUACAUGCAACAUCUUUUAAAGCCAAAUGACACGGAAUUAAAAAUGGAUUUGCAAAAAUACGAAGACACAUUAUCAAUUUUGAAUAUCGUCAUAGCGCGAGAACAUGCAAAAAUUGAAUUGAAAAACAAAAACCCCGAUCUCAUUUCCAUAGAAGCUGAAGAAUCGACAGUUAGAUUAGUUGUUAGAAACGAAACAAAAACGCAAGACAAUGAUCAAAAGAAUGGAAAGUAUCUUGGAUUCAAUUGCAACGAUUUAGAUGGAAAGGGAAAAGGCGAUAAACUAACUAAACCUUUAGAUCACAAGUACAAUUUUACUUUAGCAAAUUAUUCACUGAGUCUUUUAAGCAACGACAAAGAAAUACUAGUUUUAUCAAUGACUCAAUUUCUGGCAAGUGUUGAAAAACAUCCUGAAUUAUCAACAUAUAAAAUUUCUACCCGAGCUGAAAGUAUUGUUAUCGAAGGAGUUUCUUGCGAGAAUGAAUUGGUUCCUUUAGUUACAGCUGACAAUGUUUUAACAGGAAGCGCAGCGCCGAAUUUUCUCUCCAUAGAUUUCGAAAAGAAGCCAUUAAAUUCAGAUUUCAAUUACGAUAUAUCCAUAUCGUUGGAACCCAUCGAAGUAACUUAUCACCACUACUCGGUGUCGGAAAUAAUAAAUUUUUUUAAAAUAAAUGACGCUCAAAUGAAACAAGCAACAUCAUCCACGUACAAAAUGUGUUCAAGGGCGAAAAAUAAAAUUGAAAAGUUAGUCCAUCGAAUAUUAAGUCGUCAAUUGAGGAUUAAUUUAAAAGUCGACAUAAAAGGUCCUUACAUUGUUUUUCCACAAUACGGAUCCUUGCAAAAAGAGGGAUAUGUACUUCUUCUCGACUCUGGGAGAAUGACGCUGAAAACUGAAUUACAAGCAGCUGACACGCAAUUAGAAGAUGCGACACUCAUGGAAUUGGAGGAAUUACUUUUUGAUAGACUUCAUAUGGUGUUUUCAGAUGGUCAAGUCCUUCUUUGUCAUACUGGCGACGACUGGCGAGACAUAAGAAGACGAAAAGAAUCGGAAAAUCAUUUGAUACCGAAAUUACAAGCGAGUGUCACCAUUUCUUCCAGUAUUAAACCCGAAUAUCGAGUUUUGCCUAAGAUGAAAGUAAAUGUCUCAGUGUCGCAAUUGAAAUUUAAUUUAUCCGAAAAUAGACUGGUGUCGCUUGUAGAUUUUCUAAAUCUCCUUGCGAUACCCAGUCAGGAGGAUAUUGACGCCAUAAAAACUGAUUAUCUGAAAAGUGUCAAGGAACCGAAACCCGAUUUCACAUCAACGACAGAUAAAUUAAUUAGAGUACGUUCAGUCGUUGCUUUAUCUUCGACUGUUGUCGCCCACAACAUGUCCCACUGCAUCAUGAAAGAUUUACAAAAUUUCGCCAAAUUGGAGAAGGAAAAGAGCGUUGUAUCAUCUGAAAUAAGCGAAGAAGACUUGGAACAAUUAUUCCGAAUGACGAAUGUAUCAGGUUUUGAUGACAUUGUUUCACCUCAAAAUCGAAUUAAUUUACUGCUAAGAUUCGUUAUUGGCGAGCUCUCUUUUCAUUUUGGUUACAUGACCACAACUGGAAGACAAAAACCCUAUUUGAUUUUGAAAUUCUGCACUUUGUAUUUUGAGUCUGCCAUUAUGGAAUAUGGAUUUGCCCUUCAAUCGGGAAUUGGUACCAUUCUUUUAGCUGAUAAAACCGAAGCUGGUGUAACGGGAUCAUAUUUAGAACUAGUCUCCACUGAUGGACAGUAUGAAGUUUGUUCUGUUUCGUAUCGUAAGGUUAAAGCCAAUUGUCCAGACUUCAAAGCGCAUUUUCGCAAUGUGGAACGAUCUUUAACUGUUAAUAUUAUGAAUUUAAAUGUCGUUUUUCACCGACAAGCUUUUAUGAAAUUGAAUAAUUAUUAUUCCAAUUUAUACAAAAUUUGUUAUAGUCAAAAUAUUCAAAAUAUUGUGGACAUGGUUAAGCGCAACGCUGUUCUUUUUAUAAAAACGGAAUGCGAUCCUCCAAUUCCACCUGGUGCAAUCAAAUUGAGUUAUUCCAUCAGACUCAAUACUUUUGUUCUAAAACUCUGCAGCAAAGAUUCAGAUUUUUUGAUUUUUAAAAUUAUGGGCUUGGAGAAUGACUGUAUUUACAAUGCCAAUGAAAGAAUGAUGUUAAGAGCACAUCUCACGAGUUUAACAAUUGAGGAUUUGAGCAGUGUUACUCUUUUUUCGAAGAUUCUAACCAAUGAGGAUGACAAAGUAUUUGAUUUAAAAUACGUGAGGCACACUCCAAAAUUAUACAAAUAUUCUGAACUCGAUGCAAAAAAUGAAAAAAUUAUGUCUGAUGGAAGUUUCAAACUUUCCAUCGGCAGGAUAAAUUGUGUCUUUAUUUCUAAAAUUCUCUGCGAUUGUCAGAAUUUUCUCCAUCCAUUUGUAAAUUUUCUCCAUUCCCGAGUUUCCGGGCACUUGAAAAAUUUAUUCUUUUGGAGUAUCACGGAAUUUAUGAAAAGCGAAAUUAAACUUCAAGUCUCAAUUGAUCUUCAAGGACCUACAUUUCUUCUUCCACAAAAAAAAGAUUAUCCAAAUCUUUUGGUUUUCGAUAUUGGUAAUUUGACGAUAGAAAAUUUUCUAAAAAUAAGUGAAUUGACAAAGCACAGCAAAGUCAAUAACGAAUCAAAUCUUUGUGUGCUGGAUAAUAUUUUGAUAAAAUUGAAUGCAAUGAUUUUGUCCAGAGCAAUAAUGACACUUGGUGGAAAUUUGGAAAUUCAAGAACCAAUAGUUGAACCAAUUCAAAUUCGUUUCGACAUAAAAAGAAAAAUAAUUGAUCGCAAUAUUAUUGGUCGUAAAAUGGACGAUCAGUGUCUAUGUCACAUUCAAGGUUCAAUUGAUGCGAUAACCACGAAUUUAGGACAAAAAGAUUUAACAUCAAUUUUCUCAUUAUGGGAGGAGAAUUUGUCGAAGACAUUUUUGGCACGCAAAUUUUUAGGCUACGAUGUUGAUUCGUCGGGAAAUAAAUCGACAAAAACAGAAGAUGCAAUUGUCAAGAAAUUGGAAGUAUUUUUUUCACAAAAUGAAAAUCCAGUUUGCGAAAUAAGUCUAAAAGUGAAUUUAGAUGGAUUGCAACUUAAUUUAUUCUCAGACACAGAGGAGGUUCUAAGUUCACCUGUAAGAGACUUAAAUCAUGGACUGUGUAAACUUGUUUUUGGAGAAAUAAGUUCGUCACUCGAGCUUUUUAAUAAUAAGAGUAUGACGAUAAAAGUUUCGGUUCGAAGUUGUGAAUUGGAAGAUAUGCGUAAACGAGGAGCAAUCGUUAAAAAAAUUAUUCAGUCACCGGCGAAACGAAUGGGAAUUAAUUCUGACUCGGGAGUUUACAUAUCGAUGCCUGCAGCAUUGGACUUUUCUUUCGCUAGAACAUCAACGGGCGAUACUUGCUUCGAUAUGCUGGUUGAAGAAUCUCGUGUCAAUUUGUGUAUUCCAUUUCUGUUAAAUUUAGUUCAAUACUUCUUGGAUUCGAUACCAGCGGAGCAAAUUGACGAGGGUCUCAUCAACGAGGGUUACGAGGGCUAUGAUAACGAAAUUACAACUGCUAUAAAACAGGAAACCCACACUCCGCUGGAUCCCACUUUAUUCGCAGAAGAACAAACAGGUUCUUCGAUUUCAAUCAGAAUUCGAAAGCCGGAGCUGCUUUUGUUUGGCGAUCUGAGUGCAAGUAAUGCUCACGCAAUUUUGUUCCAAGCGGAAUUGAUGAUUGAAUCGAGUCGUCACAAAGGCUCCUCGUCAAUUGUCUGCACAUUGUCGGAUGUACGAGCCAAGAGCAAAAGUCAGCAACGAUAUCUUCGACAAUCACCGCACUGGGUUUUACUUCCAUGUGAUGUGGAAAUCUGUCGGAAGGAAAAAAUUCAAGAAAUUCAAAUUAAUGCAAUUGUCAGUUCGAUUAAUUUACAUCUUUCUGUUGGGACAAUUUGCACUUUUACGGAGAUUUUUAGUGAAACUUUAAACUUCUUUAAAAGAAGCGACUGCGAAUUAACUUCACAAACAAUCAAUAGGGAUUCUAAUUCACACAACGAUCUCUGGUCACCGAAACCCGUGUCCCAUAUUCCAUUCAAAGAAACUGAGAAAGAUUUCUCUAGUCACUCGUUAAAUAUAUCUGAAUGUGAUAGACAAGUAAGAUAUUUCGAAUUAAAACCUGUAUCAAUUCACGUGCAAUUGGAAAUGGAAGAGACCGUCGAACGAAUUUCGCUAUUAAAAGGAGAUUCGGAAAUUAGUGGAAGUGUCUCUGAUUGGGAUAGUCCCAAUUUCCAAAUGCAAUCUAGUGUGAAAAUCUAUGUCUAUUGUUUUAAUGUUAAUACUAAGCUGUGGGAACCAUUCAUUGGUCUGUGUCCAGAAAAUAAUUGUCAAUAUAUACCAUGGACGUUAACAUUUAAGAUGUACCAAGACGAAGCUUAUUCACUAAGUUCUUGGCUAAACUAUUCUCAACAGCCCUUGAGAAAAAUAGUUUCAAAGAAGAAGAAACGAGAGAUGGAUAGUAGUGAAGACGAGAAUAAUGAAGAUAUGGUUUUUAUUCCCCCAGCUCAUGCAACUCCAUCAAAAAUAACUGAGCUAAAUUAUAAUUUCGAAUGUGAUGAUUCGGAUUCAGACAAUAAUAGUGAAUCGGAAAAAUUGGCAAAGACCUUUAGUCAUCUUUUUAAUAAGGACACAAGCGAUGAGGAGGGAAGUGAGUCCGACGAGUCCAGUAAAUACGAAGACGAGGGCUUGGAACUGACACCUGAAUGUCUCGCAGAGCCAAACAAUACCGUCAUUGAAACACCAAUUAAAAGGAACACUCGAGCCACAUAUUUUAUCAUAAAUGCAAAAGAUAAAUUAGAUUUAACCGUCUCGCCUAAUACAAUUGCACUGAUGGAAUUAAUUUACAGCACGUACUUGAAGACAAAAUGCGAUAUUCCAAUAGUGGUCACUAAGAGUGGAAAACUUAAUUUACAAAAUAAUAUAGGAUGUGAAAGUACAGUUCAAUUUCUUGUCAAAGAAAAGGAAAACUCGGAAAAUCAGACACGCCUAAUUGCAGCUAAAAGUUUUCACGAAGCAAAUUCCCCGCCGAGUGUGCCGAGCAGUCCGGAAAAUGAAUCUCUUUCUAAAAUAACAAGCCCCUCUAGUAUUGUGAAUAUAGACAGUGAAAUGUUGGAGCAAAAUGAAGUUUCUCAGGAUGGUGCUUUGCAAAUGUUUCCACCGUUUGCCGAUGAAUCGUUAGUUAAUAUUUAUAAGAAGAUAACGUCUGAGCGUCUUCGAAUCAUGGUGGAAGGUUUCGAUGACGUUCAAAUUUACUGUCCAAGAAGGCGAGGAUGCAAUCAAAUAUCAUUGCAUCCAAUUAAAAAUGGUAUUCGAUAUCAUUUAAUCGUCGAAACAAUGAUCGAUAGCCAAUUACAUAGAACCAUUUCGGUUCACUCUCCACUACAGAUACGCAAUGAAACCUCCUACGCAAUAGGCCUACAUUAUAAAAAGCAAUUAAUGGAAAAACUACAAAUAGCGCACAUAGGACAGGCUUUGAAUCCAUUUGAUGACAAUAUGAGAAUGACAAUUAUCGAACCAGAUGAAACCUACAAUGUUCCUUUGUUCAUUGCUUAUCACUUUCCGAUAUAUUUGUUACCUGCAUAUUUAGAUGAUAAGAAGUAUGAAGUUAGUGACGAAGGACUAAGUUGGAGGGAAUUGAGUGAUGAUUUAUAUGUUCCUAAGGAUAUUUAUUGUAAAGUAAAAGAAAGCAAUUCUCCAACGGUGUUUGGAGUAAAAGUGAUAUGCUCGAAAAGUCAGACAUCGAGUCAAACAAAAAGCCAAGUUCCAGAGUACCUGAUACGAAUGCUACCGCCUCUUAUAUUUGAAAAUAAGUUGCCUUUUGUCAUAGAUAUAAGUAUACCCAGUGUGGAUUACGAGAUGCGAAUCGAGCCCGGGGAGAAAAUAAGUAUUUAUUGUAUAAAAUGCAAUAGCGCUAUACAGAUUAUUUUUAAGAUUCAAAACUAUUUGGGUACUCAGUGGUGUGGAACGCUUCAGUUGACGUCUAGUUUAGAGAAGAAAUUUAUAAAAAUGUUUAGCGAUAGUGAAUCAGAAUUUACCAAACCAUUUUUGCUGUGUGUCGAACUGAAUAAACUUACAAAUUGGAUUGUUGAUAUUUAUGCACAGUAUUGGAUUGUAAAUAAGACUGGUCUACCUCUCAGUAUCAGGGAAUCUCACACAAAUGUGAUGUACGAUAUCCCGGAAAAUGAACUCGUGGUAUUCACGCAAAAAGAAAAAAGAAGAAAACGAAUGGUGAGACUGAAGGCCCAACAAUCAGGAUGGUCGCCAUCGUUCAAUUUAGAUGGGAUUAGCUCGAUGUCGUUGAUUUUAUGCAGAGACAUCGAGAGGCGAAGGAAAUAUCGCAUUCUGUCGGAAAGUUCAAUUUCCCAUUUGGCGCCAAUUUUCACGAGAAUCGUCACAUUCUUGCCCUAUUUUUAUUGCAAUAAUAAAACAAAGAAAGCUCUGCGAUUCAUGGAGGAAAAUGAGGAAGCCGAUUUGUGGAAUGAUCUACUUCCGGGACAGGGAAUGGCAUUUUGGCCGUACACGGAGUCAAUGAAAAUGCGGGUCAAAUGGAAAAAUAGUCAAUUGGUAUCUCAACACUUUGACAUGACGACUGUCGGCAAAACUGUUCUCAGAAUGGAUAAUGGGACGGCGAUGUCAGUUACUAUUGAAGGAGGAAGCAGUUCACCUUUUAACAUAACGUUUGAAAGAUUCCAAGACGGCGACGCACCCGUGAGAAUCGACAAUUUGUGCGCUGAAUUAUUUUUGAAAAUUAAUCAAAUUAAUUUGGGACAAGCGACUCUUCUGAAUCCGCUGCAAAGCUUGCUCUACACCUGGGACAAUCCAACUAAGGACAGAAUGCUUAUUUGGAAUGUCUACAGUAGCAAAACAAAAGGAUUUAUCGCUCAGUUCUCAAAGAAUGGAUAUGGAGAAGAAAUUGUAUUUUUCCGAACUUUGAAGCGAUCCUCGACAUCUCUAUCGAAGAAACUUGUCUUAGAGGAAAAGACCUCGAUUUUGGGUGGAAGCAGCAAUGAGGAUACAGACAGUGAUGCUGAGAUAGAUCCCUUGAAAUUGGACCAAGUGCAAAGUAGUAAAACAACAGUUUACUGGGUGAGCUACACGGAGGGAGAGCAAAGGGUCCUAAUGUUUACUCAAGAUGAAAAUAUAUUCAUAAAAGUGAGAAGUAUCGUCGAUCCCGAAAUCAGCGAAAGGGAAAUUUUCUUCACUAUUUCAGGAAUUGGUCUCAGUCUCGUAUCAAAUACGAAUGAAGACUGUAGAGAAUUGGCACUUGCAAGUAUAAUGGAUUCAGCGGCUCAUUGGGAAGUUUUCGUCGGACAAAAGUGGAAAUCGCUUACUUUGGAAUUAAGCGCGUGGAUCGAGAAAAAAUACACGAAUGACGCUAAGAAGGCCCAAUUUGAAAACUUUAUAGAUAUUGACCUCUCCAAGAUGUACAUGACAAAACCGUUCUUUGGAAAACUUCGAAGAACCUACUCGCCGGGAAUUUGGUUUCACUAUAGAAAUUCAGCAACCUUCACGUACCUUCAGGGUUAUCUUCACAGAAUGCAGAUUGACAAUCAAUUGCAAAAAGUCUCAUUCCCAGUUAUGCUGCAUACGUCCUCGCAAAAGUCCCUAACGCGUUUAAUGGAGAAUCGAAAAUUGAAGCAUUUCAUUGAAUUUUGUUGUUUGAAACAAUUCAAAGCUACGCGCAAUAUUUUUAAGGAAGUAAAUUUAAUUGUUAGAGAAUUCAGUCUGAAUUUGCAAGAAUGCUUUUUAAUAUCCUUGAUAAACAAUCUGUUUCCAAAGAAGCUUGAAACGAAACAUUCAAUUGCUACAAGACUACGAAAGGAUCUCUCCAAUAUUCGCACGUCUCCAUUUUGUAACAAGGAAAAGAUCUUUGAGAGCCAAAGGAAUGGCAUUAUUGAGCAUUUGUACAUUUCGCCGAUCACGAUACAUUUGAAACUUUUGGCCGACACUAAUGGAUUUAAUGCCAAUCAAAUUGGAGAAUUAUCGGAUUAUUGUAGUUUUGUAAGAUGCAUGUACGAUUACGCCUGUAAAGGAGCAUUCGAGAAAAAUGCAGAAUUCAGAUUACCAGCUUAUGAAACAGAUUUUCAAAAACUAAAUAGCAGACAGUGCAUUUCAAAUAUCUGGCAUUAUUACACUGGAAAAAUUAUGCAACAAUUUAAUGUUUUAAUACUUUCGGUGACAGUUUUAGGGAAUCCGUAUGGAUAUAAUUUUAAAUCUCCCGAAGAAAGCAGCUAUGAAUCGAAUUCUAUAAUGACAUGCGAGGAUGAAUUCGCGGAAAAAUUGAGCUACGAUAUCUCGUGCCUUUUGGGAUAUUCAACUUUAGAUACAAUGCAGUCUAGCCAUUUUACUUUUCAAGAAGCCGAAAGUAAUAUUUUUACUACAAAAACAGGAAAUUCAUACUUUGAAAAUAAAGACGAACCUUUAGAAGUUUUUAUGAUUAAUAAUUCUUUCUCUGUCGACAUGGAAAUACAACUUUCAGGCUUAAUUAUAAAGCCGACUGACAGUACACAUCAGGAAGAAUUGAGAUGCUUUUUUAAAACAAUUGGAAAAAGUUUACUGAGACUAACCAAGAAGGAAGGCAGUACUUUUCAUAUUUAUCCAGAGCUCAUAACCGACACAAUUAAAAGAGCUCAAGAAAUGGGUUACAAAUUCGUAGCGAGAGCAAGAUUACCACGAUACAUCGAUCCUUAUUCCGGUGUGGAACUCUACUCAUAUCACAAAGCGAAGGGAUUGCACUUAUUGAAUGUUAUAAAUAAAAGCUGUUACUCUCACAAAGAUUCAUACUGGGCACACUCGGCACUUUCUCAAGAUGGAAAACACGUUGCUCUUGUAACAUUCAGGAGGAUAUUUCUAAUUGAACACAGAAGUGUAGGAGACCCUUGGACUAUUGAAUGGAGCAUUGAUAUCAAUCAACUUUGCGAGCCACCUGUUGUACUGGGUAAUAAAAUUGUUCUCCGCAUCAAUAAGGACGAGAAGUUAUCAGUGGUCGAUUGGUACUUGGAAAGUAAGGAAAACGCAAUAUUGGAGUGGCUCUGUCGUAAGAUAAACAUUGCCAUGAUCCUAAACAUGGAGAGCAGUACUUGUCCUCGUGAUGAUUCAUAAAAUGUUAAAAAACUCAACUAUGUCAGAUUGAUGUAUAUUUCAACUAAUUCUCUACAAUAAAUCUUAUUAAGAGACGA